AUGCAUGCCCUGAAGACACCCCUUACACAUGUCGUGGGAUGGCCUUGGCCGGCAGGGACGCCUGCUCACAUUCUCUUCACCGUGAUAAGUACAGUGCGGAUCUGGAGGGCCUGGUCUCUGUGCUCACACUGCCUGCUGCUGCUGUUGAUGAUGCAGCUUCAGCAUUCUCAUGGCCACCCACAGUGCCUCGACUACAAGCCGCCUUUCCAGCCUCAGGAACCUCUAGCCUUCUGCAAGGAGUAUGCCAAGUUUGGCUGCUGCGAUCAGGAAAGAGACACCCAGAUUUCCCGCCAAUUCUAUGAGAUUAUGGGCUAUUUUGAUUCGUCCGGGUUCAUGGCGUGUGGGAAGUACAUCCGCAGCGUUCUGUGCCAGGAAUGUUCUCCUUAUGCAGCGCAUUUGUAUGAUGCCGAGGACGCAAACACCCCUAUGCGUGACCUCCCAGGCCUGUGCCGUGGCUACUGCACUGAUUUCUGGCUACAGUGCCGGUACACUCUCAGCCUGCUGACCAACAACAACAUCACUGCCACGAUCGAGGAGGACCGCAAAAAGUUCUGCGACUACUUGGAGCUGAAGGACCCAGAGUACUGCUACCCGAACGUCCUCACCAGUGACGAGCUGAAUGCCAACCUGGGUAGUGUCAAGGCUGAGCCCAAUGGCUGCCUUCAGCUUUGCCUGCAGGAAGUGGCUAACGGAUUGCGCAACCCGGUGGCGAUGGUACAUGCCGACGACGGCACGCACCGCUUUUUCAUAGCAGAACAGCUGGGCUACGUGUGGACAUACCUGCCGGAUGGCUCGAGGCUCGACAGGCCCUUCCUGAAUCUCACCAAAGCCGUGCUGACGUCGCCCUGGGCCGGAGACGAGAGGGGCUUCCUCUGUAUCGCCUUUCACCCCAGGUUCAGUGUGGUCAAAAAGGCAUAUGUCUACUACUCAGUGUCUGUGAACAAGCAGGAGAGGAUACGGAUCAGCGAGUUCACUCUGUCCAACACGGAUGUGAACAUGCUGGAUCACUCGUCUGAGAGGACUCUUUUGGAAGUUGUGGAACCUGCAGCAAACCACAAUGGAGGGCAGCUGCUGUUUGGUUUGGAUGGCUACCUUUACAUCUUCAUAGGAGAUGGAGGCAGAGCGGGAGACCCCUUUGGCCAGUUUGGAAAUUCCCAAAACAAGUCCACUCUACUAGGCAAGGUUCUGCGAAUUGAUGUAGACAACAAUGAUGAUGGCGCCCCCUACAGUAUCCCAUCAGAUAAUCCUUUCAUCAGAGAGAAACAUGCAAAACCAGAGAUCUAUGCCUAUGGAGUGAGAAACAUGUGGAGAUGCUCCAUUGACAGAGGAGACCAAAUCACAGGAAAGGGGCGUGGCCGCAUGUUCUGUGGAGAUGUUGGACAGAACAAAUUUGAAGAAGUGGAUCUCAUUGAAAAAGGUGGCAACUAUGGAUGGAGGGCAAAAGAGGGGUUCUCCUGCUAUGACAAAAAACUGUGUCUUAACUCUUCCCUUGAUGAUAUCCUCCCUAUAUUUGCUUACCCACAUAAACUGGGAAAAUCAGUAACUGGUGGCUACAUCUACAGGGGCUGUCAGAUGCCAAAUCUUAAUGGUCUCUACAUCUUUGGAGAUUUUAUGAGCGGACGGCUCAUGUCUCUAAAAGAGAACCCAGGCACUGGAAAAUGGGACUACACAGAGCUAUGUAUGGGCACAGACAAGACAUGUCGCUUUCCCAAACUGAUCAACAGCUACUACAAGUAUAUCAUAUCCUUUGCUGAAGAUGAGGCAGGUGAGCUCUACUUUCUAGCAACAGGAGUGGCGAGUGCAACUGCCAGAGCAGGAUUGGUGUAUAAGAUAGUGGAUCCAUCCAGGAGGGCACCUCCAGGCAAGUGCACCAUUAAACCCACUCCAGUUCAUAUAAAGGGCAAACUGAUCCAGUUCCACCCUAAGGAGGAUUUUGUGAUCAAUAAAAAACCUAAAACAACUGCUCCCCCUAAGACCAAAGCAACUCCUAAAGCCAGUUUAACCGUAUCUCGGACCAUGACAAGAACCACAAAAAAACCUCCCACUGCAACUCCAGGGAUUCCUGCACAAAUGUCAAAAUCACUUGCACCGACUCAUAGGCCCAGAGCACCCACUCCAAACUUCCACAUUCCAAUUCCAAAGCCAACCUUCAGGCCAGCAACAACAAACCCUAAUGUUCUUAGAACACAGAAAAUGCCAGCUGUCACCAUGCAUCCCUUUCUGGACCAGGUAACUACAGUGAGGCCAGAAAAUAUUGCCACUUUGGUGGGGAGAUCAGGCCAGGCUCCUGCUUGGUCACACACAGCCAGACCCCUGGUAUCACAAGCCACAACUCGCAGGGCACCUCCAAACGCAUCACGCUUAUCCACUCAAGGGUCCCACAUUGGCAGCAAUACCAAGAAGUAUUGGACCACCUCUGUGACCACUCCCAUGCCAAUAUAUUGGUCUCCAUCCUUUAAGCCCACACUAAAGACACCACAACCUAACUUCACCUUCCUUAAACCUCAGGAGAAGUCUCAGGAGGGCACUAAGAGCAAGUCUGACCAGCCAUCAAACAAGCCUCAUAAGAGGGGCAAGGGAAGAAAAAUUAGGAACCGCCAGGGCAAGGCAGGUCAGAGGAGGUUACGGCAAGGGCAGGUGAGGCUGGUUAGCACCAUUAACUGGCCAGACCGUGGACGAGUGGAAAUCUUUGUGCGAGGUGAGUGGGGAACAGUGUGCGAUGACCUCUUCAACAGCAAGGCCGCAGCAGUGGUGUGCAGGCAAUUGGGCUUUGCCAGGGUUGUGCGCGUGGUCAAACGGGCUGAACUUGGCUCGGGGGGCAGUGAUCUCAGCAUCCUCCUGGAUGAUGUCGAAUGCGAAGGAACGGAGAGGACGCUGCUGCACUGCAAACAUGCUAAAGUAGGCAAACACAAUUGCUCCCACGCAGAGGACGUUGGGGUUGUGUGCGGCUACGGGGGGCAUGGUGUGGAGUGACAACUCUGCCCCAGCCAUCUUUUCGUGCCUGGAGAACAGAGGACAAUGACAGAAUUAG